AUGAGCAUAAUCAUCCUCAUAGCAUCUCAAGUGCAGGUCCCCGAGUCCCAACAACGCGUCAAGCGAACCGUCGUAACUUACCUCUCCGUGAGCGUAAUCUUCUUCAUCAACGGCUGCACGCUCUCAACACGCGUCCUCUUCGAUAACUACAAAAAAUGGAAAAUACACGCCUUUGUCCAGCUCCAGUGCUACCUCGUCACUUCAGCUGCCACCUUCGCCAUCGUCAGCCUCUGCGCAACAACAAAGUCCUUUAUGGACCCCUGGCUCCUCAUCGGCUUCCUCUUCCUCGGUAGCGCGCCCACGACAAUGUCCUCCAACGUUGUAAUGACGCGGCAAGCCCACGGCAACACCGCACUCACCGUCGUGCAAUCCGUAAUCGGGAACUUCCUGUGCCCAUUCCUGACGCCCAUCCUCCUGCAAAUGUACCUAUCUAGCGGCGCCUGGUACAGCAAAGUCCUCGUCAGCGGUGACAACUACGAAGAAAUCUACCGCCGCGUUUUCCAACAACUCGGUCUCUCGCUCUUCCUCCCCAUGGCAAUCGGCCAAAUCGUCCAAUACCUCUUCCCUAAGCCCACGAAAAAGAUUUUUGUAGACUGGAAACUCAUGAAACUAUCUUCCGUCGCGCUGCUCUCCCUCGUGUGGCAGACUUUUGACCAAGCCUUCCGCUCUGGCGCGUUUGACUCGGUAAAGCCGUCGAAUAUCGUCUUCAUCGUCUUCAUCAACAUCGCGCUGUACUUUAUCUGGCUCGGCAUAUGCUUCGCCGCGAGUACGAUCUGGCUGGACAAACGCGAUGUGAUUGCGUGCUGUUAUUGCUGCCCGAGCAAAGCGCUGUCAAUGGUAGUGCCGCUGAGCUCGGUCAUGUAUAUUAAUGUGAGUCCGAUUAAUCAGUCGAAGCUGCAGAUUCCCGCGAUUAUCUUUCAGGCGCUGCAGGUGGCGAUUGGAGGAAUCCUGACGGUUGUAUUUCGGAGGUGGAUAAGUCCUGUCGCAGAGGAAGAUAGUGGAGGGAGGGCAGAAGAGGGGGAAGGUAAGCGAGAGAGCGCGCAGGCUCAGGGGACUGGACAGUCAAAUGCUGAAGCUUGA